AGGAAGUAGGAAGUCGAGUACAAGGCUGAUGUGGAUGUGGAAAACCACACAUUUCUUUAAGAUGAAUUAGUGUCGAUUAAAGCAAUUUACUCACGUCCAUCCAUCACAAAUGUUGAGAUUUUUUACCGGUUUACUAAACCGAUGAUACCACAGCUAGUGUCGCGUGUUACCUGCGCUGGGAAAACAUGACUGACAGUUUUAGAUUACCUAUGAAGGGUGAACGUGUUUCUGCGGUGGUGACGCCCGUCAUUAUUUACCUCUAUUAAUAGAUGCGACUCCCUGCAUUACCAAUGACAGAUAUUUAAUUCCCACACUGUAGACACUAGCUUUGUUUAUUUAUUAUAAUUUUUUUAAUUCACCAAUCGGUUACUUAUUUCUAGUGAUUUCAAACUAAACAAUAUGCUAAGGCAAAUUUAAUGAUUAAAGCACUAAAGUUUAUCAUUCUUAAUUACUUAUGAGUUUCAUACUCAUAAAUAUUCACCCAAAUUCAUAUUUUGACACCUAAAGUCAUCAUGUCAUUGGCUGAACAGUCACAGAAGUGGUUUCCAACUCAUGUCCAAGCUACCGUACUUCAAGCAACAGACCUGCAACCAAAGGGCAAGAAUGGCACCAAUGAUGCCUACACUAUCAUCCAGCUGGGUAAAGAGAAAUACUCCACAUCAGUGAUGGAGAAAACCCUCAGCCCGGUGUGGAAGGAAGAGGCAUCCUUUGAACUGCCAGGUUUACUCAUGGAGAGCAAUCCAGAGGUUUAUGAGCUCUGCCUCACUGUGAUGCACAGGUCUCUGGUUGGGCUGGACAAGUUUUUGGGACAAAAGAUCAUCAGCUUGAAUGAGAUAUUUGACAAUAAGGAGCGACGGAAAACUGACUGGUACACCCUAGACUCACGACCAGGUAAGAAGAGGAAAGACAGAGGAAAGAUUCAGGUUAGCAUCCAGUUCAUGCGAAACAACAUGACCGCCAGCAUGUUCGAUCUGUCAAUGCGAGACAAACCCAGAUCGCCUUUCUCCAAGCUCAAGGAGAAGAUGAAGGGUCGCAAGCAUGACGGAGCCUUUUCAGACACAUCAUCUGCCAUCCUUCCACGCUCAGGACUGAGCGAAACAGAUUCUCUACCAGACCAGCAUCAGCACCCUCAGGCUCCUCCUGCACCCAAGCCAAAACGCUCGCUGCUCACUGGGACGCAGAAACUUUCAGCUGCUCACUCCAUGUCUGAUCUAUUCAGGCCCAAACUGGACUCUAUUGGGGACAAAGGAGUCACUGCAUCUCACAGACACUCUCAGAGUGAUGGAGUUGGCUUGCCAGCCAGCGACGUUCCAUGUGAUCCUUUUUCCGACAUCGGAGACAACAUGCCCCAAAAGUUUGCUACUCUCCCACGUAACCGCAAUCCCUUCGAGGGAGAUCAGGCAAUGACAUGGGGAACGGAGAAGAAGGAAAAGAAGGAGAAACUCGGUCUUCUGGGCAGAGUGACUGGGAAGAAAGAAGGAAAAAAGAAUGGGACAAAAACUGGCAGCUCUGGAGACCUGCGAUCUCCAAACCCCUUUACUUCAAGUGAAACCAACCCAUUCAUCUCACACUACAAAUCCAGUGACAACAUGAGAAAUCCCAGCAGUAAUGAGGACCUCACUCAGAAAUCCAAAACCUCUCCUGGCAAAAAGCUUGGUGUAAAAAACACAAGAGAACAUGAGCUUGAACAUCUACAGACAAAUAUGGCGGCGUACGGCAGCCUCUCCUUUGAGGAAGUUGUACAGGAGCUCAUCAAGCAGAAGGAGGUGGUGAAAAAGAAAGAUGCUCAUAUUCGGGAGCUGGAGGACUACAUUGAUGACCUGCUGGUCAGGGUCAUGGAGGAGACACCAAGCAUCUUAAGAACACCAUAUGAGCCUAAGAGAAAAGCUGGGAAGUUCUCUAAGAAGUAAAGAUGCUCUUCAGAGUCUGGAGUGUGAGACCUAGUGUAUUGUUACUGCGAAUUAAAUUAUUAAUGUUAAAGGACAUCUUGGUGGUGUUCAUGGACAUUUAGAUUUUAUGUCAAGGAUUUCUUGUGAAGGAUGAUGGGCGCUAAAUGUGGUGAUGCCAAAAACCCUUUAAGUUUUUGUGUCAAUAUUAUUUUGUUUAUUUUUAGAUAAUAUAACUGAUACUGGCAACCAUUUUCGAAAAAAUUCAUAAGCAGCCAUUCAAAGAUGAUUUGUGUGAUGAGACCAAUAUUAUGUUUGUGCCGAAAAUAGCCUUUUACUUUGGAUUCAGUCAGUGGAAGUGAAUUCAGCACUUAAUACUAUCAGUAAUACUGUGUUUUACAUUCAUUAUUUUGUAAAGGUAUGACUGGGGUUGACUGUGCAUAUGAGGCCUUUAAUUUACAUAUCCUGCAAAAACAUGUUUUGGUUACAUAAAGAAAUGCAUUUAUUACUGUGAGAUCAAUAAAUAAUUACUGGAUGUAUUCGCACCAGUGUGUACGGUUUACCGGAGGACCACGCUGGGUUUGACAGGGUAGUAUUCUUCUAUUGAUGUUGAAGGUAUUAACACUGUAGACGAUAUUGGUAUUUCAUGGGUACCUGGUUGAUAGGAUUGUAAGAUUUUGGUAUUGGACUCUUUGGUACUUUCACAAAGGAUACGUAUGUAAAAGAUACACUGGUACGGAGUUACACUACUACAUAUUUAUUUCAAGUUUGAUUCCUAUAAACAAAAUAUGUGUAGAACACUGUUCAAUCAAAAAAAAAAAAAAACUAAGAAACUGCCUUUGACAUUCAGCACAGAAGUAUUUCAAAGCCCAUUUUGAAUGUCAUAUAAAGUCAUGUACAUUAAAAAAUGCUAAGUUAAACCCACAGGAAGUAUUUGGUAUAUCUGCUUUAAUCACUGUGGGAGUAUUUCAUCAAAAAUAAUUCAUUAUGUAUAAAACCAUUUCUUUACAGUGUUUAGCAUGCUUUACAGAACGAAAUAGACAAAAGGUAGCUUAACUUAAAUAGAAGAAAAUUGUUUACAAAUGUCUUUAUAGUACAUUGAAAGCUUUUGCUUCUGGAUAGUUUGAAUGACCUUUGCAGGACACUGACAGCGUUUAUCGUGAUUUAAAUUUUGUAGCACAUAUCAUUCUUGAUAAUUGAGUAUCUACUGUACAGUAUUUUACAGUAUCAGAGUGAAAGCUGUACUGUGGUGGUGCAUCUGGGCACCAAAUAUUUAAAACUGUAUAUUAGAGAAAAUGAUUGUUGAAAGAAAUGAUUGUAGUGGUGACUUGGUAUACUACUAUACUAUAACCCUUAAGUAUGUUAGCCCUUCAUGUGUUCACAUAACUCGCAGAGCAAAUAUUUAGGCCAUUUUUUAAUUUUUUUGUAUGUAUACUCUCUCUCUGUAUAUCUGUGGAAAGCUUCCCAGACCAUGGUAAAAACACUGCUGGUUAGCCUUGCUGUAAUACUGGAUCAUAACAAGUGUUGUAUUCUUAUAAUUCUUUAAAUUAUUGAUGUCUUGUUUCAUGUAGGUUUGAUUUACUGAUGUUGGAGAGGUUUACAUGUAUGUAAGAUUUUUGUUGAAAUUCAGUGUUACACAGUUCAGUGCUCUUUUGAGAGUCAAUUUGAAAAUGAGAUGUUUUGUGCAACCAUAUCAUCCUGUACAAGAACAUAUUUUGAUUCACUUCUAGGAUACACUUCUAGGCUAUAUUUAUUAGGCUUAAAGCAUUUUUCUUUCAAUUAUUACAAAAAUAUGCUACAGAUUUAAUCACCUUAUGUAUCAGUUUUUUUUCUUUUCUUUUUUUGUCAUUUGCCAAAAUUAUGCAAUUGAAUGUGAUUAAGUGUAGAAAAGUUACUGUAUAUCAAAUGAUCUACAUACCCCCAGUCUUGUGUAGAUUAUGCAUUGUAUAUUCCUUAAUUUUCCUUUAUUUUUCUAGAGCUUGCGAUCAAAUUAGGCUCCGAAUGUGUUCUGAUUUGCUGUACGUGGCAUUUUUAAAAUAAGAUGUGCUGAAGAUGUGCUGAAUCAUGUGAGCAGUAUGUAUUGUAUUUUUUCCCUGUUUUAGCAGAGCACUUUUUCUUUCUUGUCUGAAAACUGGAACUGCUAUGCAUCUAUCUUUACAGCAAUUCUGUUUGGUAUUCAACAGUGUUGGGGAAAGUUACUUUUAAAAGUAAUGCAUUACAAUAUUAAGUUUCUCCCCAAAAAAGUAACUAAUUGUGUUACUUAGUUACUUUUCAUGAAAAGUAAUGCUUGCGUUACUUUUAAGUUACUUUUGCGUUACUUUUUCUCACUUGGCUGAGGCUUGAUCUCUUUCAGGCCUUGCCAGUGUUUUUAUGAUCGCAAAAAUGUCAAACUUAGGCCUGCCAUCAUCUUUUCUGACUCAAACUGUUUCCGCUCAGUCGCACAGAGUGCAUAAUUCUACGUUAAUAUGUUCAAUUUAAUUCAGUACAUUAUUUUUUUUAUUGAAUUAAUUAAACUGAAAAGUAACUCGCAUAAUUUUUUUUUACAAAGUCACUCAAAUAUUAAUGUGUACAUUUAUAAAGUAAUGUGUUACUUUACUCGUUACUUCAGAAAAGUAAUAUUAUUACGUAAUGCACGUUACUUGUAAUGCGUUACCCCCAACACUGGUAUUCAAUGUAUUUUGACCAAUCAGCAAUAUCUGUAAUGACACAAACAGUGUUGAUCACCAUGUGUCGAUCAUUUAGCACUUAUGUUAUCACACAGUAUACAGCUGGAAGGAAGCAACUACAUUCAUUUAUUUAUGCUUGCACUCAUACUAAUAUGUGUGUAUUUGGAUCAAUAAUGUUGGUGGCCCAGAAUAUAAGACCUUUUAAAAAAGUUAAAAACUUUUUUCUACAAAAAAGUAUUUUUUUAUUCUUUAACUUGAUUUACUAUAUAUCUUUGGUUUAAAACUUUUAAUUUAUAUACAUGCAGUUGCAGUAAUUAUACUUUUAGUAUUGCUACUUUUUUCUGAUAUUUCUUUUAAAGGUUGUUUAGUUAGAUUCAUAUACAGUAGCUUCUUUUGGUCAAUUUGAUCAAUUAAUUUUUCAUGAUUAUCUUGAAUAACAUACAAAACUAAAAUGAAACAAGACAGACAAAAGUUUAAAUAAAAAAUGAAUAGCACUGAACAAGACAUGUUUUUAUUAUUAUUUUUAUUUUUUUGCCAUUUAGUCUCUUGUAUGCAUUAAUAUCUGGUGCAUAAACCAGUUUCAAGUAUUCUGUAUUAGAGUACAUGUAUAUAUGUUUCUACUUUAAUACUUUUUCCUUUAAAAUAUUCUUUCUUCCAAAAACUUUCACUGUGUGUACCUGUAAAUAACGCUGCAUAGAGUAUAGAUAUUUUCCUUCAGACUUUCCUCACGGUAUUAAAAGCAUAGUUAUCAUGAAAAUUAAUUUUGUUACCAAAACACUUUUCUGUAUGUUGCGAAAAUUCAUUAUUUUGUGUAGCUGUAGUUCUUCAUGACUCAUCCAGAACUAACAGCUUCUGGGUCUUUGCAUACUUGGCAUGCAGCAUGAAUGAGUAGAAAAGAAAGAUGAGUGUACAGUAUUGUCUCUGUGGCUACCAUUUAAAAAUGAUGGUAGAUCCCCUUUCAAUAAAUCUUCCACACUU